CCAGAUACUUUUGAAAUUCUUCUCACCACAGACAACCAUGUUGGAUAUCUUGAGACGGACCCAAUCAGAGGAAAUGACUCGUGGAGAACCUUCUCUGAGAUCAUGAGCAUAGCGAAAUCCCGGGACGUCGAUAUGGUUAUCCAGGCAGGCGAUUUAUUUCACGUCAACAAGCCUAGCAAGAAAUCUUACUACCAUGUGAUCCGGACUCUUCGUGAAUUCUGCUGGAUUGACAGGCCUCGUGAAUAUAAGCUCGUAUCUGAUCCAUCGGUCGUGAUGUCCACGCGACAUUUUAAUUACCCAUGUGAGUAUGAUCCCAACGUGAAUGUUGGAAUGCCGGUGUAUGCUAUUUCUGGUAAUCACGACGAUGCGACAGGAGACGAUCUUCUCUCGCCGCUGGAUCUACUUUCUGUUGGUGGCUUACUAAAUCAUUUUGGACGGAUCACGAAUAACGACGAGAUCAAAGUUAGCCCGUUGCUUUUCCAAAAGGGCAGUACUAAUUUUGCAUUAUAUGGCCUUCAAAGCAUCCGUGAAGAGCGUCUAAAGCGGACUUUGGCCUCGGGCAAAGUCGAGUUCUUGCAGCCCGAAGAUCACGAAAAUUGGUUCAGUUUAAUGUGCGUCCACCAGAACCAUGUGCCCAGACCGGGAACGCGCGUUCUCGAAGAGGCGCAUCUUCCUCGUUUUUUAGACUUCGUUUUUUGGGGUCAUGAGCACGAGUGUAUUCCUAGACCGUUGCAUAAUGCUGCUAUGGGCUUCGACGUUCUUCAGGGCGGCUCGUCGGUUGCAACUUCGCUGAGCGAGGGUGAAGUUCCUGACAAACACGUCUAUUUGCUCAAAAUCAAGGGCAAGGACUAUAGUCUCGAGCCCAUAAGACUCAAGUCUGUGCGGCCUUUCGCGAUGAAAGACAUAACAUUGAGCGAGACAGGCAUCUCUGCAACGUCCGGAAAUAAAGAUGAAGUGAUUAACUUGCUUAUAGACGAGGUGGAAGGGCUUAUCGAAGCCGCAACUAGCAAGUGGAAAGAAGUCAAUCAAGGUUUGCUAGAAGCUCUUGUUGACGUCGAAAUACCCCUUCCCUUGAUUAGGCUACGGGUUGAGUACAGCGGGGGCUAUGAGGUGGAGAAUCCUCGUAGGUUUUCCAACAGGUUUGUCGGCAAGGUUGCAAAUAUCAACGACAUUGUCAUUUUUUACAGGAAAAAGACCGUUGGAAACAAGCAGGCAAACCGAUUGCUCCAGAAACAGCAAAGCGAGGAUCAUGAGCUAGAAAUACGCGAAGGCACUCUCAACAUCGGUGAAUUUGUUCAGCGACAACUGAGCGAAGACGAUCUGUUGCUGCUGAAAAAAACGGACAUGUCGAACGUGAUUGAAGAGGCCAUGAGGAAGGACGACAAACACCUAAUUAAGAAAUUUGUGGAUGACGAGCUGGGCAAUGAUCUCGAGCUUCUG